UCAGCUCUUGGCAUACUGACUCCAAGGUUAACGCUGCCUUUAUCCUUGCUUGUCAAACGGAAAGCAUGUUUCUAGCAAAGGCCUUUUUGGAAGGGGCAGAUCGUGGUCUUGGAGAAGCUCUAGGCGGCCUUCUAGGAGGAGGUGGUCAGAGAAGAGGAGGAGGGGGAAACCUGGGAGGCAUAGUAGGAGGAAUUGUGAAUUUCAUCAGCGAGGCUGCUGCAGCUCAGUACACUCCAGCGCCGCCUCCCGUUCCCCAGCAUUUCACCAAUGUGGAGGCUUCUGAAAGCGAGGAAGUCCGGCGGUUUCGGCAACAGUUUGCGCAGCUGGCUGGACCGGACAUGGAGGUGGGUGCCACAGAUUUGAUGAAAAUCCUCAACAAAGUCCUUUCUAAGCACAAGGAACUGAAGACUGAUGGCUUUAGUCUUGACACUUGCCGGAGCAUUGUGUCUGUUAUGGACAGUGACACCACCGGGAAGCUGGGCUUUGAAGAAUUUAAGUAUCUGUGGAACAACAUCAAGAAGUGGCAGUGUGUCUUUAAGCAGUAUGACAGUGACCACUCCGGGUUUCUGAAAAGUUCGCAGCUGCGGGAAGCUCUGCAGGCAGCGGGCUUCCAGCUGAAUGAACAGCUUUACCAAAUGAUUGUCCGGCGGUAUGCGGAGGAUGAUGGAGGUAUGGACUUUAACAACUUCAUCAGCUGCCUGGUCCGCCUGGAUGCGAUGUUUCGUGCCUUCAAGUCUCUGGAUAGAGAUGCAGAUGGCCUGGUCCAGGUGUCUAUCAAGGAGUGGCUACAGCUGACCAUGUAUUCCUGAAGUGAGCAGAGCCCCAAGGGCCCCUGGGGGACAGGACUGGGGAAAACCUUGCCAUGCUGUGCACAGUUACUGUUACCCUUCCGCAGCUCUCUUUUCCUGGAGAGCUUCCACAACCUUAUAGAUUGCUGGUUGUUGGCUUCCUUUCACAGCUUAAUUAAAACAUUUUUAA